UGAAUAUUUAAUUCUGAUAAGUGCCAAAAUGGGGAAUUAAACCUAAAUACUUUUAAUGUACACAGUUGUACUACAACAUAAUUGCCUUCAUGUGUCAUGAAAACACUAGCUACUAAAGUAAUAGAAGGACAGUAACGAGAAGCCAUUUUGUUUGUCUGUGGAAAUGUGUUUUUGAAGAAAGCCACAAAAGGGAAUAUUUGCCUUGUUAAUACAUUCAAAACUGACAAUUUGUUAAAUAGUCUUUCAUUUCCUGUUUAUACAUGAACUAGCCAACUGUAUGUUGCCUGCACAGAAUAUUGUCAGCGUUUGAAUUGUUUCACAUAUUGUUCAGGUUUUCCAGCUAUAUGUUGGACGGAAGCGCCGCAUGAUGAGAGAAUAUGUGUUGUGUAACUCACCUUGAAGCUGAAAGCACAUCAAAAUAGUUAUUUUUCUCUCACGCCGUCUCGGAGUGUGACCGUUCACAGCACACACUUUAACAGACUUUGAGAACAGAUUUUUCUUUCGAGACUGUUUUGAUAUAGACUCAGAUUUCAUACGUCGGAGGGCUGCUACAAGGAUAUUUUACAUACAGCGCAAUCAGGCUGUUUUUACAAAAUUCGGCAUAGUGCGGUGGGUUGAGUCAGCGAGAGAAAAUAGCAGCGUUAGUCAUGUAAAGAUGAUGCCCACCUUGGAAGCUCGAAUGCGUGUCAUCAUUCUCUUCCUGCUAAUCGCUGUCCCACUUAACGUUUCCUCUGCGAGCGUCCCGGGCCCCACCAGAAACACACUAAAUGGGCCUAUCACCAUAACCCCGACGCUCAACCCCAGAUCUCAGGGUAGGGGCUUUCUGUACCCCCUUUCUAAAAAUGGUGGGGGUAUGCGAGGGAAGUCCAUGAAUCGUCGGCCAAAGCAGCCAGCUGGAGUGGCAGAAAUGCCCCUCAGGCCACUGCCUCAGAUAAUGCUGCCAAAGAAUGUAACGACUGAUGCACUGAAGGCCCCUUUCGGAGCAGCGCAGGUAGCUCCGCCUCCUCGCAAACUGGUGGAAGUGGACGUGUGUCGGGGUUAUUAUGAUGUCAUGGGGCAGUAUGACCUCACCUUUAACUGCUCCAAGGAUGACUUCAUCUACUGCUGCGGCACCUGCCAUUAUCGGUUUUGUUGUCCGGACCGUACUCGAAGGCUGGACCAGAACAUCUGCCACAACUACCAUUCCCCUGUGUGGGCCAAUACGGCCCCCCCUGCGAGCAGACCCCCACCGCCUGCCCACCCAGACCUCAGCCGCAUCGAACAAAGCAACAACACGGUCUACGUCAUUGGCGGAGUCAUCUCGUUUACAGUGGCAGUGGCAGUGGCCAUUAAAGUGGCAUUCCACAAGGCAUCACGGCAGCCUAGGAACAGAGAACUUGACAUGCCCAGGGCUCUUGUGGAAAUGUUGCGUCACCAGUCGAGUCCAGUUCAAGAGGGAGAGAGAAACAACAGUGUAGCCUUGGGUACUGGAGGAGGAGAGGGAACUCUUGGACGACCCCCGAAAAAUCACUAUCCAACGCUACAGAGUAAAGAUAACCGACUGGGGAAUCUACAGCAUAACUUCAUCCACACCACAGGCUCCAGUCCCAAACAUACAGCCACCAUUGAGCGUGCACCACGCAUGAACAACAUGCAGAUGGCCACCGGUGGCACAUUGAAGCCCAGUAAACAUACCAACGCCAUGAAGCCCCAGCCGUCCUUCCAUCACUCUCUACAUAACCUGGCUCAGCUGCCGCCCUCAUAUGAAGCUGCCAUGAAGCCUGAGAUCAACAGAUACUCAUCUCUCAAGCGUCUGGAGAAAGGAGGAUUGGAGGAAUAUUCAGGUUACUGUACCACCAAACGGAGGCCCAACAACGCCCCUCCCUCCUUUCAUUCCUCCCAGCAUCACCUUCCCUGGGGUGGCGACUACACGCUGGGGGGAAGAGGCACGCUUCCCAACCGUGCUACUCGUCCUCGAAUACCUCAUCCACAGUCUGCUCCAAGCCACACCCCGAAUCCUUACCCUCUGGAUCCACCAGAGUCGAAGCAAAACCACAACUACGAUACGCUUUCCAAACCACCACGCCGCGUCAAAUCCACGGACCAGCUCCUCGCCCUCGGUGACGGCAACACCUUGUCAAGGAUGUCGAAGAACCAACAGCACCAGUACUACAAAGCCAUGGCCACUUCAUCAAAGAAUUCCAAUACGAACACCCUGAAGAAGUCCAAGGAGAGGCUGCUGAUGUCCCCAGACCACCUAGAGGAGGAGGUAGACGGGGUUGAGUACGACGGAAGCAGGAUGGGUAUGGGAAUGGUCGACUACACAUCUGGAGGGGGAGGUGGAAUGGUGCCCACCCUGCCCCGCGUUAGCCACCAGAAAGCUCAAUCGCAGCAGAAUGUUUGUGCCACACCGUCGCUCGAUCGUCACCACAUGAUCAAGAUGAACUCGCACCCGACCUCCGGGCGAGAGCAGGAGCGCAAUUCGGCGGCGAUGUCAGGUCACCUGGGAGGAGGCGGGGUUGGAGGAGUGGGAUGGGGCGACAUGCCAGGAACCGGAGUUGUCAUGGGAACAGGAACUCUUGGUGGACACAGUGCCAGGAGGCUUGCAUUUGCAGCUAAAAGGCAAAAUACCAUUGAACAACUUCACUUCAUCCCCGGUGGAGGGGGAAGUGGAGGAGGAGUGGCAUCCAACCAAGGGGUUAGAACAGGAAGCAAGAAUGAGGUUACUGUGUGAGCAAGUGGCUGGAGAGGGUAAAGAGGAAAUGGAGAAGAUGGGUGAGGGAUAGACUGUGUGAAGAGCUGGAGGAUGGUAGAGGGACUGUGGGAGAGAGAGAGAGAGAGUGGGCGGAAGAGGGAGAGAAAUAACGAGAGAAGAGAGAAAAGGAGUAGGAGGAUGGUAAAGGAAUAAGAGAACCAGAUUUUGAAGUAGGGGGCCACGAAGUGGGAGAAACUCGACAGAGCGAAGUGGCAUCAUAUUUUUACAGAUAUAUAUUGUAUAUAGUGGCAAAUUCACAAGAUAAGAUUAGAUAACAGUUAAAGCCAGGUUUGAUAGAGCUUCAAAGUUGUCGUGCUUUUUAUGUUCAUGAAAUUGUCGCUAUAAUUAUGAACGAAGCUGCCAUAUACAACUAUUUAUUUGUGUACAGUUUGCCUAUAAACCUACUGCAUAGAAAUAUCAGUAGAGUGUAAUAUAAAUUCCACAUGAUGUGACAGAUGAACUGAGGCAUUUUUCAUAUAUUUAUGUCAUGUUUUUAUCCUCAGAUAUUUUACAUUGUUAUACAUUACAGAUAUAGCUGCUAUGGAGCCAUUUAUUUCAGAGAACGGCUUUUAUCUUAAAACUAUGAUGGAACUACUGGGAGACUAAUAUAAUAAUUAACAUCUGCAUAAGAGGAACCAGUUGAACAUGAGUUGAGCGCUUAUCCCAACUGAUGAAUUGUAAAGCUACUUACAGCUGGACAAACGUAAUGCAGGAUCUUAUCUCUUUUUAAACCCUAAUCCACUUCAGCAUAAUGAGGAAGUGUGGCAGGGUUUUCACAACAUAUGUCAAAAUGAAUGAAGGUGGAACAAUUUGAGGAGCAUAUCCAUAAACUCUUAAGAGUCUCAUGAACUCUUCUGAAUACUGCGAGACAGAGAAAGCAAGCCUUACCAUACCUUACCAUUGUUUUGCCUGCAUCUUAUUCAGUGUGAAUUUAACAUGGAGGUACCAAGUGAGUUUCUGUUUAAUUUGUUUUUAUUUAUUUAUUUUUUGGAAUCCUGAAAAUAGUACACAAGUUUUAAAUUCUCAAGUCUGCCCUUCAGUACAUAACUGGAGAUCGCUUUGAACUAUCGAUGAAAGCCAUUCUGGGACACAAUUGGGCAGAAAAGCCCAGACGAAAACCAAGAGAAAUGUCUGACAAUCAUAUUUUUUCUCCAUUUAAAAAGACUCAUUAAUGAUCAAUGACACUUUGUUUGGAUUCUGAGCCACCACUUUCUACAAUGUCCAAGUGCUGGGAUUUGUAAGAGAGAUUCACCAUAAGGGACGCUGGACUACCAAAAGCACAAGAAUAAUACAUUAGAUUCCUGUAACGCUGGGUACUUACCCAUCAAUGCUCCUCUUAGGUAUACUGUGUAGACAAAAGGUUCACCUUAAGCUAUUAAAUAUGGAUCUGAGACGAAGAAAACAACUCAAGAGUAAGGGCACUCAUCAAUAUACGUACAGUAUAUGUUAUGGUAUUCUGGCAUAACAUUAGCGUGUAACAUGGCAGUAUCAUUCUCUCACUCAGGUGUGGGUUGACAUUUGCAUAAAGACGAACCUCCUGGACUGCUUUUUGAAUCUCCAUGUUGAAGCCAUGUGUAUAUGCUGUUAAAACUGAGACUCUAUGAACAGUCUGAGGAUACAGGCAUGCCAAAACAGCUAACCUGUGUUUUGAAUCUAUUGUUACCGAGAUAUGAACACAAGAAGUCAUACCUGAUAUCUUUAUAACCAAUAACGCUUAUCAAUAUUAAGGGCUAUACAACACACAUGCGUUAGUGGUACAGAUGUUACCCACAGCUUACUCAUUAUUCAGUGAUGAUAAUCUCAUUUACAAAAAGAUAUUAAUGUAGUAAGUAAAUAUUACUAUGAAAAAUGUAAAUGUGAGAUUGUUCGCAAACAAGCCAGAUAUCAUUUAUUGCAUGGUUCUGGUCUCUGAGAAAUAGCGCAGGUGUCAGGAACUCAUUUUACCAAUGAAAACUAUGA